ACGGUACUGUUCACACACUGAGGGUCAACAAUUAACAGGGAUUUAACUGUUUAGUUUGUAAUAUAAGAACAAAUUUGGAGAUGUCCGAUCAUGUGGAGAUUGAUAGAAAUAGCACCGUGAUUAGGGGUAGUGCUAAAGAUGAUUUCACAGUGAAUUUGUGUGGGAGUUUGUUAAACACUGGUACUACUGAUGCCUGCCAAUGGGCGAAUACAUUGGUAAUUACUGACGCCUACCAGUGGGAGUUGUUAAACACUGGUACCAUUACUGACGCUUACCAGUGGGAGUUUGCUAAACACUGGUACUUCUGUAACCCUGCCAUGGAGUUAAACAUUGGUUACUACUGUGCCCGCCAGUGGGAGGUUUAUAAACACUGGCCAUGACUUAUAGAGACUACUACUGAAUUUUCUUCUGCAUUAACAAUUUGUCAUGAAACAUUUUGUUAUUAAACUGAAUUUGAUUCUAUUUUAACGGUUUAUCAUUGAACGUUUUGUUAUGUUAAACUAUUUAUCAGGCAUGCCAAAGGUUUUACCCAAGGGAUAUUCAUAUUUACUUACUGAGUUAUCUCAUAGUUUUUCCUUGUCCACCAUUUCAGGAAGCGAAGUCAAGGACGAGGAAAAACAAGGGGAGUGACGAGGUAGAAGGCUAGCCAUUCUUAUUGAAUAUAAGUUUUAGAUUUUAUUCUUGAGAUUUUGUGAUUUGAAUAAGUUCCGACCCUUGUGCACUUGUGGGACCCGUUUCACGAGUGCAUGGUGUCUGCCAGGUCCUUGGAUUUGGGUUCUGGGGCGUGACAUGAAAUUUCAGCUAAUAAAAUUACUUUUCAGAA